CGCCGCCGCGGCCCAGCAUGGCGUGGUAGGCGCGGCUGGCCACGGCGAAGAUGUGGGGCGGCAGCGAGUCGUUCUGGAGGCGCCCGUAGCGCUCGGAGACCUGCGGGGAAGCGGCGGCGGAGAGGGAGAAAUUUGGUCUGCGAAAUGAAAGCCUUCACUGCAGUCUACGCGGGCUAGAGGCGCUCUGCGAAUGGCAGUGCUUUAGUCCAUUACUGGAUCCUUUACCUCCCUGUGCAUCAACCCUGACUCUGCCAUGAGUGCCUCGUCCCUGCCCUUUGUGGUUGGAGCAAACACGGUGGAAGACCAGCGGGCUCGCUGGGAGAGGAAGCGCAGCAGGACAGCCAAGGAACUGCUGGAAACAGAACACAAAUACCUUGAGCAGCUGGAUUUGGUUCUCACAUACUUUGUGACAAUCUUAAAGGCCAAAGGGACGCUGAAGCCUGCUGUGUUGGAAACUAUAUUUGGGCCCCUGGAGUCCUUAUAUUCAGCCAGCCAUGUUCUCUCACUUCACCUGGAGAAAGGGAAUUUGGGACCAGGACUGGAAAAUUUUUGUCAGAGUCUGGAUCUUUAUGGCCACUAUGCUGAGAAUUUGGAGCAUGCAAAUAAAACCUUGAAGGAGCAAAUGAGAAAAAAUAAGUCAUUCCGGCGGUUUAAGAAACUCCAGGAGACUCGACCUCAGUUUCAAGGGAGAGUGCUAGAGGAUCUGCUUCCUUUGCCCCUGCAGAGGCUGCGCCAGUACAAGCAUUUCUUCAGAGAUCUGCUGGAGAACACCAGCCCAGACACUGCUGAGUACCAGAAACUUGCAAAGACUGUGAAAUCUGUUUGUGAAGUAUCUCACUGGGUCCAAGACAUCUUUGAUAAGAGAGAGAACUCCUUGCAGCUACUUCGGGUUCAGAAAUUGCUCAAAGGACAAAAGACUCAGGUUUUGACUCCAGGGCGCUGGUAUAUCCGGGAAGGCUGGCUCUUGGUGGUGCCUGCAAAGGGAGAAGAGCUGAAGCGCAGGAUGUUCUUCCUGUUCUCUGACAUCCUCAUCGCAGCGAAGCCCUGCCACCCCCUGCACCUGCUGAACUCCAACAAGCUGUGCUGCCAGGCUGUCUACCCGCUCCACCAGUGCUCAGUGGAUAAAGUGUUCGGCCACACGUGGAGCCAGGGAGGGCUCCUCAGUCUUUCCUUUCCACACAAGACACUGCUGUUGAUGUCCAGCAACCAACAAGAGAUCAAUGACUGGUACCAGAGUCUCACAGCUGCAGUCAGGCAGCUGAAAGCCUGACCCACCUGACUGCCUGGCAGGACAAACACCCUCAUGGCAGAAGCUUCCACAAUCUUACAAAAUGUUCAGGGACAUAUAGUAGCACUGAAUUGAGAAGGACUACACACUGUGUUUGUGAGAUGAUGCAUGCUUUGUUAGCUGCCCUAAUGUUCAUACAGAUACUGCAAAAAAAGCAUUUGUACAUAAAAAAACCCCAACAAACAUGUAUCAAGAAUUUUUCCCCAAUUUAGCUUAGAAGCAUCAAGCUUUUUUGCACUUUAGUAAACUCAAGAUCACUUAAGGUCAAGCAGUUGGGAGUGUGACUUGUUUUCCCUCAUCAAAUGUUUUUUAAAGGAAUUUUUUUAUUUUGUUAAAGCCUCAGCAUGGACUUUUAAUAAUGUGGAAGUUGUGCAGCAGUUUGGUUCA